GCGGCCGCGCUGGCCGCGCAGCACUCCGGCCGGCCCCGCGCGCCCCGCGACCCUCCCCAGCGCCGCGCCCUCUGCGAGCACAGGACCCGGCUCCGCAGCCCCGAGCCCUCCACGCCGCUUCCCUGCAGCCGCGCCCUAGCCGGCCUCGGCCCCCGGAGCACCCGCCUGGGGCGACAGUUCCCCGAGGCCGUCCAGCCGGUGCGGUCCAUCAGUCCGUCGAGUCCGUCGCGUCGUGCCCGGUGCCAUGCCAUUCCUCGGGCAGGACUGGCGGUCCCCCGGGCAGAGCUGGGUGAAGACGGCCGACGGCUGGAAGCGCUUCCUGGAUGAGAAGAGCGGCAGCUUCGUGAGCGACCUCAGCAGUUACUGCAACAAGGAAGUCUACAACAAGGAGAAUCUUUUCAACAGCCUGAACUAUGAUGUUGCAGCCAAGAAGAGAAAGAAGGACAUGCUGAAUAGCAAAACCAAAACUCAGUAUUUCCACCAAGAAAAAUGGAUCUAUGUUCACAAAGGAAGUACUAAAGAGCGCCACGGCUAUUGCACUUUGGGGGAAGCUUUCAACAGGUUGGACUUCUCAACGGCCAUUCUGGAUUCCAGAAGGUUUAACUACGUCGUACGGCUGUUGGAACUGAUAGCAAAGUCACAGCUUACGUCCCUGAGCGGCAUCGCCCAAAAGAACUUCAUGAACAUUUUGGAGAAAGUGGUACUGAAAGUCCUCGAAGACCAGCAGAACAUCAGGCUCAUCAGGGAGCUGCUGCAGACCCUCUACACGUCCUUGUGCACGCUGGUGCAGAGAGUCGGCAAGUCUGUGCUGGUCGGGAACAUCAACAUGUGGGUAUACCGGAUGGAGACGAUUCUGCACUGGCAGCAGCAGCUGAACAGUAUCCAAAUCACCCGGCCCGCCUUCAAAGGCCUCACCCUCACCGACCUGCCCCUGUGCCUCCAGCUGAACAUCAUGCAGAGGCUGAGUGAUGGCCGCGACCUGGUCAGCCUCGGCCAGGUGGCCCCCGACCUGCACGUGCUCAGUGAGGACCGGCUGCUGUGGAAGAAACUCUGCCAGUACCACUUCUCCGAGCGGCAGAUCCGCAAGCGAUUAAUUUUAUCAGACAAAGGACAGCUGGACUGGAAGAAGAUGUAUUUUAAACUUGUGCGCUGUUACCCACGGAAAGAGCAGUACGGAGACACCCUUCAGCUCUGCAGACACUGUCACAUUCUUUCCUGGAAGGGCACUGACCACCCGUGCACAGCCAAUAACCCGGAGAGCUGCUCCGUUUCCCUGUCACCCCAGGACUUUAUCAACUUGUUCAAGUUCUGAAUCCCAGCUCGGGACAACACUUCGAAGGGCUCCCCAGCUGAUUGGAUGGUUGGGAAUACGGAGCUCGGACACUUCCUUUGUAAAUAGUGUACAUUUGAAAUGCUGGCUCAGAACUUGUGAGCUAAGUCUCUGAGAGGACAUAGGAAGGGGAGAGAGAUGCAGCUGCCGGCUGGGAGUCUCAGAACACGGACUUCUCAUUAGAGCCGGUAUGGGAAAGUGGAAAUACUGUCCACAAGCUGUUUUCCUAACUAUUGGCCGGCAAGACUGUAAGGGCAGGGAUUCAGUUUCGUCGGUGAAAAUGGAAUUCUCGUGUUCCCUGAGACUCCUUGGUAGUUCCCUAGGGAUGUGGAAAAGAAGGGCAGAACUCGAAUUCAAGAUAGAACACUCUGUUUACAAUGUGAAAAUUUGCUUUUUAAAGAAAGAGAAGAGGACGACAUACGCGAAAUCCCUGCGCUUCGGUUUCGAUGGGGGGGAGGGUUGUUUUAAAAACGGCAAAGGAAGCACCACCCAUCUUAAACCCACGUGGGCAUAGGGCCUUGUCUUCCAAAUAUCACACAAUACUCUACCUCGGAAAGUACGCAGCACCCCCUCCGACAAAGUGCAUUGUCCCGCAGGCAGUGUCUGUUUUUCUUCGUUUUUCCUCCCGGAAAAGUGGUUUCAAUAGGAAGGGGUCCGGGAGGCAAUCCUCAUCACCUUGCAGACCUCCUUUUUACGGGAAUAGGCACUCCUUGGCAUUGACUCCUUUCUAGAACAACUCCACAGCACAUUAGCCCUUUUUUUUUUUUUUUCCUUUCAUAUUGUAGCUCAUUCAGGGGCAACAUAGGGUUGAUUAAAAACAGCCCCAGAGGAAGAAGUCCCACCGCAGAAAAGAUAGAAGGAGUCACCCGAUAGCUGUGAAGACUUUGUUAUUCCUGUUAAACUUCUCGGCUUGUCUGGGCUUCCCAGAAUAUCUUCCCAGAUAAGCGUUCAUCUGUGGACUUCUGGGAGCCGGGGUGCUGAUAAAGGCUUGUAAAACAAGGUUUGACGUAUCAGUUAGACAUUUUAGUAGCUGCUGUCCCUCCUGGCAGGUGAUGAGCGGAGGAGCUUUCUUUUCUUUAUGUUCAACACCAGAAUUUACUCAGCCCAAGCUAUAGGACUUCCUACAAGGAUGACAAGAUAAAACAUGGAGUUCCGAUCCUAGGGAACAGAAGUACUGUGUCUUCAUCCUAAACUUGCUCCGUACCCCUGGGGAUCUUGCUAGGCAAAUACCAGCAGGUGACCGUGUGGAAGACAGGAAAUCUCAGGACUUCAUGAGUUCAUUGUCAAAUAUUCCUGGGAUGGGGUGGGGGAUGUUUUUGUUUUUUACUUUUUAUAGAACUUUGCUUUUCUACAACAAUGUACAUAUUUUGGCAGUUGUAUUUGCUUUGUGCUUUUUUUUUUUCCUCUUUUGCAAAUAAAGUUGCCACCCUGCAUGCCCUUGGCAAGUAAGUAAGCAGAAAUUGGAACUUGCUCACGUUCACGGUAGAGAACAGUGUAUCCUUAGGGGGUGAACCUAGGGGUGAGCAAGGACAGCAACAAGGCCAGGCACCAGCUGGAGAUGCACAGCCCCUUGCCGCUUAUCCCUCAGGGCACAGCCCGGGUACCAGCAGGCUGAAGAGAAGUCAAUUCUCCAUCAACCCUCCUCACUUUGCCGCGUCUGUGCCUACACACCGGGGUGUCUCCAUAUUUAUUUUCACUUCUGCCCCCCCCAUCAGAAGAAAACAUUAAAUUGCAUUUAAAUUCUUCCCACUGAGAAGAAUUAAACAUUAAAAAAUAAGACCUUGUUGCGUAAGGUUGACCUUCCAGAACCCUUCUAAUACCCAAUGGGCUUUUUUGGUCUUCCCUCCCGCUGAGUCCACGUCAUACUGAGAACGCAGGGCCUAGAUGGUGGAAUAAAAAAAAAAAAAAAAAAAAAAACUGGCACUUCCAGAAUUCAGACAGCUUCUCUCAAAUGUCUCAGCUUCCUGAAAGACGUGAGGCAGAGCUGGGUUGAUUGUAGCUGUGAGAUCUCUCCGGAAACUUUGACUCUGGCAUUUUUAGGUGUAGGCGUUCAUGGCCUUCCACAUCUGUCCAUCAACUCAUGACCUCCGGCCCUUCAUGCUGAUCAGGGAGGUGGGAACUCCCAGGCACCCUCGGGUUUGCAGCCCCAGAAAUGCUGUCUGCUUGAGACCAUCAGCACAAAACUGGCCGACCGGUCUCCUUUGGACGGUCUGCAACGCCGGCGACUGUGUCUCCUACCCUAGGCAGCACGGCGUGCCUGUGCAGGAUGACGGCUACCACGAGCGGCUGGGGGAUGGUCUUCUGAGAUGUUUCCCUUGCUGAUGCCUCUGGGCUCUCCCCAGCUCUGUUGGCAUUUUUGGACGUGGUGUGUGACAGAGCCGAGGAAAAUUUUUAAGGAAAAAAGAGAAGAAACCAACAUUGGUGGUUCUCCUUCAUUGGCAGAUGAGACUAAGAAAGGAAAUGGCAGGUGGAGAAGGAUGGGGGAAGGAAUAGAAAUGGCCUCUCUCUGAUGCCGUGGUUCGUGGGAAGGUGACAGAGAAGAACAUAGCAGGUGAGAGCGUCUGUGCUGGCGCCCCACGGCAGCUGUUAGCAUAACCAGGGCCUCACAUAUAAGUAAAGUGAGUGAAAAAGAAAAUUCUCAUUCCCUGGGUACUAACCAUCUUUAGAAUUGGCAAACCCUCUGGGGACAACCCAACUUAAAAAACAAAAACAAAGAAUCCCCAUCUCACAACUGCUGGUCUAAAAGCCAGAGGGACAGGACGAUGGAAAUGGAAAUUGCUGGAAGAGAUAGGAGGCUCCCCUCUCGCUGCUGUACCUACCUAGCCACUGCCCUACCCCCCCACCCUGGUAACAUAGAACUUGACAUUGAUGUCAGCUAGGAAGUACUUUGGACUUCUGGAGAAGAAAGGAGGAAGUCUAGAGCACAAGUCCACAGGGAUGUUAGGUAUGAUCUGGUCCAAAGUAAAGGUAUAUGAGCAACAAGCCCGGAGUCUCUUGAGAGUAAGGCACAACAUUUAGGGAAACAAUAGGUGAGCACUCACUUCAUAGCAAGAUCUAGAAAAAAGUCCAUGGCAUCUUCAGCUAGAGUGCAUGAUUCCUUGAGGUUAUUACUUUGAGCAGUGGGAUUGGUAGCAUGGGGGGGUGAGGGGCAAAAGUAUGAGUAAAAACAUACCCAGGGGGUCAGCUGUGAGAUGACAUUUGUUUAGUGAUGAUCAGUUUUCUGUGGAAGUGGCCUGGAGGAGAUAUUUGAGAUGGGCUGGGUUGAUUCUGCAAAACACUCAGUAUGGCCGUGGGCUUUCCUGAGUGAUGGAGCAGGAAGGUAACAAGCAGGCACCACGUCAUUGCCAUGAUUCCCUGUGGUUGCGAAAACUGGUUUUCAUGGGGAGCUUACAAUUUAACAGAAGCUCCUUUUUUUCCUGUGGUUUCUGUGUGUGGGAGAAGGGAGGGGGCUUAGAAUUUUAUUUGUCUAAGCAAGUGGUGUGAUUUACAAGGUCGAUCAUUUCAAGACAUGUUCAACAGUGUAGCGUUUGUAGCAUUGAAUACAAUGUUUAUCAUAAACUACACACCUGAGUUUAUAGUUUUCUGCCGGGCUAUAGGGCAAUAAUGUUUUGUUACGCACUCUAUUUUAUGUGUGAAUUUUUUUAACUGUAAUUUUAUGUGUGGAUUUUUUUUUUUUUAAACUAAACUAUAUCAACAUUUUCUAUGUGGACAUCUGGGCGUUUCGUUUCUUUCUUUCUUUUUUUUUUUUUUUUUUUUUUUUAAUCUGUUUCCAACUAUCUGAGUCUGUGAAGCAUCCUUCUGACUGGAUCCUGGCCUAAAAUCCUAUUAGUGUUUAAACAGACCUCAGAAACACCCUGAACCUCUAGACAAAUGCAAAGACUCUUUGAUAUAUCUUGGGCUCUUGAUGUCUUCAGUAAACAAGAUCAUAAUUCCUUUAAACUCCACAUUUUCUUUAGAUGCUUUCUUCUCUGCUUUGUUAAAGAGAGUAAACCCUCCAUAGUUUCCCAAAGGAAGGAAACUCCCAUCCCAGACUUUGGUGCAGGAAGGGAAGUUGAAGAUGAUGGAAUGUGGCAUUCCUUCUGCCUUUCAACACGAGAUAGCAGGUUCAGAACAUUCGGGGGGCAUGUCUGAGCCCAUCUGGUACUCAGUGGUAGACCUGAGUACGAACCCAGGACUUUCUGAGGCAUUGACUCUGUGCCCCCUACCCAGCAUUCAUUGGUAUUGUCUGGAGACACGUGACACCUGACCUGAUCGUUCUCAACACCUUCACCGUGGAAGGCAACCAUGAGGGUCCAGUAUGAGGCAUCUGGCCAUUAUCUUUUCCAGAUAUUUCUAGUCCCUGGUUCUCCAUGGAGAAGUUAACAUUUCUCCCUGGAGCCACUUAACAUUUUUGCAAACCUCUGACGCUGUUGUGAGUACAGCAUUCUAGGGAGUACAGUCUUUCCCUGGGUACCCACAUUUUCAUUACAGAAAUGGCCCUUAUGGCAGAGAGAUCAUGGCCGAGCAGCCAUCUUGCUUUCUAGAAACUGAGGUUCUGACGGUCAGCAAGCAGGUACCUCCUCUCAGACUAAGAAGUACAAUUUAAUCCAUACCCUUCUCCUCCCCACCCUCCAGCACCUGCCAACAGAUCUGGGGAGUUUCUAUCCCGGGGUGGGGGGCAAGGGGGGCUCCUCCCACUCUCUGCUAAACCUCAUCUUCACCAAGCAAAGAUGGAUUAUUUUAUUCCAAGAGGCAGCAAGGAGCAAGGGACCACAGAUACUUGUGACUUUGUCUGCUGGACAUUUUUCAAAGUGUCCCUGAACUCAGCAAACAAUGCUUCCUGAGAAAGCUCCCAAAAUGCUGGCCCUGCCCCAUUUGUCCAAAAAUGGAUGGCUGUUCCAAAUGUCUGAACUUCUUAAAACUCCAUCUGCCACAACAUCAGUUCUGGAGUUUGAACAUGACUUUUUCAGUCUCUGAGUAGAGCAAUGUUUGUUUAAUUAACGUGGCACGAGUCUGUUAAAUAGAAGGCUCCACGGAUUGCCACCGAGGGCCUGAGAGCUCUCGGCACCAUCUUUGUUCUACCAAGUGUCCUUAACCCUGGCUAAAGGGGACGCACAUGAAAGCCCACGUCCUAAGCUUAGAAGCUUUACUCCUUUUAAUAAAAAGUGCUAUAGAGGGUUGGACAUGUAACUAAAAGUACAAGGUUAGUCUCAUUUCACGCAAAGAUGUUCAUUUAAUACUGUGUGAGCUAAGUCCUUCCGUGUAAAUUAUUUGCACACGUUCCUUGCAUGAUGAAUUGAUUUUUUUAUAGUUGUUUGUACCAGACGGUGGCAUAUUUUUGUAAAAAAUUUUUGACACUGAAUUGCAAUAAAUGUUUUUCCAACAACA